GGGAGCGCGGCGGGGCGCGGAGCGGCCCCGGAGGAUGGGGAAUGCGGCGGCAGGCGCCGGGCUGUGGAUCGUGUCCCUCUGGGGCAGCCUCCUGCUCGCUGCCGGCCUUGCCCUCCACCCUGCACCGCAGAGCUGCAACUGCACGGAGCCCAUGGACUUCCAGGCUUUCCGGGAGGCUCCACUCCCUGAGAGCUGCUGCCUCAACUUCACCAGCUCCAACAUCACCCACCUGGACUGGGGCGCGCUGGUGGGGGUGCAGGGGCUGCGGGAGCUCUACCUCUCACACUGCAGCAUCACGGCCAUCAGCAACGCGCAAGGAGUCCCCCCCGCGUUGGAGAUCUUGCACUUAAGUCACAACCUGCUGGAAAGUCUCCCUGGAGGCUUCCUGGAAGAUGCCCCUAAUUUGAGGGUUCUUCAUCUGGACAGCAACCAGCUCCAGGAGCUGCCCAAGUCCUUCCUGAAAGCAUCGACCCAGGUCCAGGAAGUCUACCUGGGCUUCAAUUCCCUGACCUUCCUUCCUGCCAGCCUCCUGAAGCCAUCUCUGCUCCAGCUCCAGCUCUCCAACAACAGCUGGGACUGCAGCUGCGCUUUACUCAGAAACCUGGAAGGUUGGCCCAACCGGAGCACUGAGGUUAUCUGCCACACACCAGAGCGGUACCAUGGUGUGGACCUUCAGAGCAUCCCCCGGGAUGAGCUGUGCCCCUCACACAGCCUCACUGCCCUCUUCAUCUGCCUGCCUCCUCUCCUCAUCCUUGCCAGCAUCACCUGGUGCUUCUGCAGGCAGAAGAGAAAGACCAACUACAGCCCUCAGAGCAGGUCCCAGAGCCACCUAGCUACAGUAGAAAGGGGCAACAUGCCAGUGCCUGCAGAGCCCCACCACUAUCUCCCCUAUGAGCUACCUGCUGCCCCCUCCGAGACCGAAAAGAAGGUGCUGCUGGGAACCCAGGUCCUGCUCCAGCCCUCCAUUGACCCGCUAGACAGCAGCAGGGACCUCUAUGAGGAGGUGGAGAUCCAGGUGGGAUCCCCCAGCAGUUCCCAGGUGCCAGCCCACAAAGGGCAGCGAGGCACGGGGCCGGGCAGGCAGCAGGACACCCCGGCCCUGAGGGCAGAGGAGUUGGGGGGCAGUGAGCCUGAGGUGGACACUGUCAGCGUGAGCGAAGUCCUGAAGGACUCUGCUGACCGGGAGAAGAUCUACAUGAGUCAGUCAACCAACUAUUACAACCUGGUACCUGGCAUCGAGCUGGAGGACUCAGACAACCUGGAGUAUGAGAGCAUCGAUCUGCACUGAUGCCAGUGCACUCGGGCUGUGUCUUGGACACGCUGGGAGGAUGGCAGGGGCCAGGUGGCAGUGAAAGCUGGCAGAGCAGGAGAGGCACGAGCUGGCCUGCCGUGGCUUACAGUGGCUGUUUGCAAAGCUGCACCCCCAAAGUCCCAUCCCUUCCCCUGCACUACCACGUGCAACCCUCGCUUGCCAUGUGCUGCAGCUGGGCAGGGGGUGCAAGGGUGCUUCAGGAACUGGGGACUCUGCUGCAGGCUGGCGGUGUUUGGGGAUACACGGGCGGGCAGUGCCCGAGGAAGGAGGUGGAAAGGAGGUGUGGGGUGUUUUGGGGGGCCAGGUGACAAUACUCUGUGUGCCAGACCCACUGACUGAGGCCUCCAUCCUCUCUCACUGGAGCCAGGUGGCAUCUGGCAUGGACCUGCUGCUCCCCAGCUCGCAGAGAACCAAGUGUGGGGACAUGAAACAGGGCUGGCUCUGCCUACGUGGUCUGCAGGGGGGUGUCAUCUGUGGAUGGGUUGCCCUAGGCUUGGCAGAGGGAGCCUGGCGUGGCCCUAGCUGCUGCUCACCCCACAUCCCACCAUGUCCCACCGUGUGGCACAGGGGCUUGAAACAGCUGAUGGACGUGUGCUGCUGCAUGCACAAGUGUGCUUGCACGCACAUGCACGGGGACUGCACACAGGUGGGUGUGAGACGGUGUGCAAUGUGCACACACACACACACACACAGGGAGGCACCGGAGGGGCCCCUUGCAGCCUCCCCUGCCCAACGUGCUGCCAAGCCCUGUAGGA